AAGGGAACGAGGGGUGGAACCCUCAACUUUUUUCUAACUUUAACAGUAUUUUAUUUUCUGCUCUACUGCGUUAUACUACAUAGUGUAUAUUACUGCCACUGAAAAAUUAAAAGAAGGCCGUCGAUUAAUCAAGCCAACCGUAUGCACGAGAGGAUUUAAGUAUGUUGCCAUAGCAACAGAUACGGGAAUGGUAUUUUGCCAUGGAACUAAUACAGGAGAAUUGCGUUCGGUCUCAUGCAAUUAUUCUUAAGACAUGAGUUGUUCCACUGGUAAAUUUUUCAUGCGUUAGUCAAUGCUGUACCAGAUACCACGUAUUUUAAGCUAAGAAGUACAAUUAAGUCAGUGUGCUAUUCGCACGAACGUUGUACGUGCCUGAGACAUACUAUAGCUUAACUGGUUUGCCAGCUGCAGGCAUAGAAGUGAGGUUUGAUAGUGUUUUCGAGCCCGUAUGCGUUCUCAGAUAUCGCUGUCAAAUCACCGAUAGCUGCAUUCUACAUAUCGCUGACGCAAGUGGAGUUGAAUUUAAUCAUGGGCGAUCUGUCCGUAGCGAAUUCCACCGUGCCGCAUCAAGACCCACCACUGACUGAAGAACCCGUGGGCUCCAGUGGGGACGUAUUCCGCCUCACUGCCAAUUUAAUAGUGUUUUUGCUCGGCGUGCCCGGUAACUGCCUCAUCCUGCGUGUCUACUGGGUCAAGACCGUCAAGACCAGCACCCACGUCCUCAUCAUGGCCUUAGCCUGGGCCGACCUGGCCGUUUGCUCGAUGAGGUGGACCGAAAUUUCAAUGGAAGCUCUUCUGAUCGCAAGAGACCAGAUUCCAGAUGUGCUAAACAUCAUCAAUGAAUUCUCAACCAUUAAUGUCGCUACCUCUGUUCUGAUAACAAGUUUAAUUGCAGUGGAUCGCUACGAUUGUGUGUGCCGACCGCACAGCAGAGUGUUCACCAAGAAACGGGCCAAACUUGCAGUCAUCUUUGCAUUCUUCUUGUCGUUCAUCAUCACUGUCCCAUCGUGUAUAGCGAUGUUUACUGAUCUUUCCAACGCGGUCGUGGAAUUGAUUGUACUGGCAUUUCGAGUUGUCAUCUUCGCGACCGCGUUGGCAAUGAUCGCUGUUUGCUAUGUAAAAGUUUACUUAGCCAUCCGCAAGCAAGGCAAAGUCGGAGUUUUGUCCACCGGUGGGCCGGGCGACGGGGACCGUCCUGAGCGUGGUAGAAGGCUCUGUGGUGGUGAGUCAGCUGUAGAUCGUUCAGUGACGGUGUUUUCUGUCACUGCAAACCUCAGUGAUGCAGCACAGAAACGAGGUUCAAAAGAAGAAGCGAUGGGUGUCUGGUCGUCCCACCGGGAAAUCCAUUGCCCGUCCUUAGACGGCGAAAAAAGAAAUCAUUCCCGCCAACAACCCCAACGCGGAGAGCAUCCAAGAAAGGUUAAAGCGGCAAGUCUACAACGUAAGACCACGAAGAUGCUCUUAAUCACUAGCGUGGUGUUCCUGCUGACCUGGCUACCCUUCUGGACUUUCAUGGCACUAUUGUACGAAGGAAUGCCGAUCAGCUCGACUUUUAUGAGCUUACUGUAUAAAUCGACGAUCACUCUGUACAUUAACAAUGCUGUAAACCCGCUGAUCUAUGGACUUGCAAACAGACGAUUCCGGAAAGACUGCCGAGAGGUUCUUCAGAAGAUCAGACUGUUGUAAUUUGUUACCAACCUAAUCCUGAGUACUAUUCCAAUUUUGCUCAUCACACUUUAAAAUCGCUCUUAUAAUACAGAAAAUUCAAGUAUUUGUUAGAUGAGGGGAAACUCUGCGUGUUGCAACUGGCAUCCUAUUCUAUUUUAAUAGCUUCAAACCAAUCUUAAAAAGCGUAUUUUAAGGGGUUGAAAAAUAAAUUUCCGGAACACUGUAAAUACUUCUGUUAUAUCAAAUGCAUUUCAAGCUUGUAAGUAUGGAUUUCGAAAUAUCUCCGCACUCGUCGCAAGUUGUAACUCACGCUUUUAAACUGCAUUAUUUCUUAAAGAAUCAGUACGAGCACUUUAUUAUCGCUAAUUUGAUGCUCAAAUGUUAUUUAACCUCAGAGAGCCGUUAUUUAACAAUGGAGAGAUGGUCAUCAAAAAUACAUGGGUUUUUUAGGCCAAUUCAUUUUACACGUGCAUAAAGGCAAAGUUUAAGAUAAAUGCACUUGUUCGGUAAGAACUGAACUUUUCAUCUAUAUUGUUUUUAAAUUCUAUCAUGUCCUUUGUUUUCUAAAUCAAUUUACUGUAUUCUGCGCCUGCGUGACAGA